GGCGAACGUUCAAGUUGCGUCCUGCACAAGCAACAAGCUGCAAGCCUGAGAAAUUCAAACACCUGCAAAGGUUUUCUUCAGACAAAAGCUGCCUUACAGCUUGUAACUUUGUUUCACUGCAGUCCCAUGAAGCAAAAGAGACCGCGGCAUUAGUUUACGUACGUCAACUCCAUUCUGGGCCCCCGUAAAGCCUUACCAGCUGUGCAGAUUGCAAGAGGGGGUGUCUAGCUACGAGCACGAUGUGCGGCAUUGUUGCGGUCCUGGGGAGCCAGGACACAUCUGCAUCUCGUCGAAUCCAAAUUGUGGAUUGCGCUCGGAAGUUGCGGCACCGAGGGCCCGACUGGAGUGGCAUUCACCACAGCGGGAACAACUUUCUGGCCCAUGAGCGGCUGGCGAUCAUCGACCCCGCGUCCGGCGAUCAGCCUCUCUACAGCGAAGACAAGAGCAUCGUUGUGACAGUGAAUGGCGAGAUCUACAACCAUGAACAGCUCAAGAAGGGGCUCACGGGGGAGCACAUGUACCGCACGGGGAGCGACUGCGAGGUCAUCCCGCAUCUGUACGAAGAGGUCGGCGAGGACGUGGCGAGCCUUCUAGACGGCAUGUUCUCAUUCGUGCUUCUCGACAACAAGACGGGCAACUUUAUGGCGGCGCGCGACCCGAUCGGCAUCACGCCGCUGUACAUGGGCUGGGGCCGCGACGGCUCCGUAUGGUUCGCGUCCGAAAUGAAGGCGCUGACCUCAGAGUGCGACCAGUUCCAGGAGUUUCCCCCGGGGCACAUCUACUCCAGCAAGCAAGGCGGCCUCCGGCGCUACUACACCCCCCCCUGGUUCGACGAGCACAUCCCGUCCGGCCCGCUCGACCUCACCGCGCUGCGUGUCGCCUUCGAGAAGGCGGUCGUCAAGCGGCUCAUGACCGACGUCCCCUUCGGAGUCCUCCUGUCGGGCGGUUUGGACUCCAGCCUAGUUGCCUCGGUCGCGAGCCGCCACCUGGCGGAGACGAAAGCCGCGGUCUGGGGCCCGAAACUGCACACGUUCUCGGUGGGGCUUCCCGGGUCGCCGGAUCUGAAGGCGGCGCGCGAGGUGGCGGAUAUCCUGGGGACGGACCACCAUGAGUUAACGUUUUCGGUGCAGGACGGCCUAGACGCGUUGUCGGAGGUGAUUUACCACAUCGAGACGUAUGACGUCACGACGAUCCGUGCGAGCACGCCCAUGUUCCUCAUGUCGCGCAAGAUCCGCGCGAUCGGCGUCAAGAUGGUCCUCUCGGGGGAGGGCUCGGACGAGAUCUUUGGGGGGUACCUCUACUUCCAUAAAGCGCCCAACAAGGAGGAGUUCCACAAGGAGACAUGCCGCAAAAUCAAGGCGCUUCACAUGUACGACUGCCUGCGCGCGAACAAGUCGACGAGCGCCUGGGGGAUCGAGGCGCGUGUGCCCUUCCUCGAUAAGGAGUUCAUUGACGUCGCCAUGGCCAUCGACCCGCAACACAAAAUGGCGCAGAAUUUCAAGGGCAAGCCGAUUGAGAAGUUCAUCAUCCGAAAGGCCUUUGACACCCCCGAGAACCCCUUCCUUCCGGAGCAUAUUCUGUACCGGCAAAAAGAGCAAUUCAGUGACGGUGUCGGAUACAGCUGGAUCGACGGCCUCAAAGACUUCGCCGAGAAGCAGGUUACGGACCAGAUGAUGCAGCACGCAGAGAAGGCGUUCCCCGUGAACAGCCCCACGACGAAGGAGGGGUACUACUACCGGACGCUCUUCGAGAAGCACUUCCCGCAGCACGCCGCAGCGCUGACCGUCCCGGGGGGCCCGAGCGUCGCGUGCAGCACGGCCGCUGCCAUUGAAUGGGAUAAGGCGUGGGCCAACAUGCUGGACCCCUCCGGGAGGGCCGCCACUGGGGUACACGAUUCCGCGUACGAGCCGGAAGCGAAGGCUGCGGCGAAUGGAGCCUGACGGGCGCGUUUCGGACGGAACGGAAAAUGGGGGUUGACUUGAUGGGCUCUUUUGUGUCAACGCUCGAUUGUUGUGGAACGAUUGAAACGGAUUGUUAUACGAAUGGAGAUUUAGAUUUUUUGGUGUAGCAGUACGGACUGGUUUACGAGCUUGUUGUCAGCAAACGAAAGCUGAGGGGUUGACGCACUGACAUCUGAGGGCGUUGGUUCUCAACGCCGAAUCGUACUUGUCUGAACGCGAUUGCCGAAAAUGGAGAGACAAAUAUGCAUGUGAGUCAGGGUUAGAGAGGCGGCGCUUGCUUGGGUUGCUUGCGCUUGCAGAUAAGGGGUUUGCCAAAGGGCGGCCCGCCAGUCAUAUGGUGAUCUUAGACGUUUGCAGUUACUUGCUGUGUCUGUUGAAAACUCAGCCUGGCAGAAAUGUAGCACCUUUAAUUGAACCGUAAUACAUGCAUGGCAAACCGAUACAGCUCGUCAACAAUGAACUUGUCACACGCAACUUUCCACUUGACUCA